AAGGCUAUGUGUUUUUACGCAGUGUUAUGGUUAACACUGUUUAAAUCUUGAAAUGACCGAAUAGCCUAGUCACUUCGUAACGACGAAAGGGAACGUUAAAGACUGCUCUGUCAUUCGAGUUACCGGGAUUAGGACAAAACAAGACUGCUGCCGCACAGACAAAAUAAAUAAAUAACGGUCACGGUCAGUCUCCAUCCUGUCAGCGGUAUGAUGCUGCAUUGAUAGAGUUGGGGAAAGGAAUUCUCACAGACGAGCAGAGGCAGGGCUUACUACGGACAACAGCAGAUUGCGAUGGACUGAGCGCUGAAUGAUAAAAUGUAUUGCAGGUUGGACAAGAAAUGCAUCGAUUGACGAGCGAAAAAUGAGACAGCACCACCACUUUAUUUUUUAUCUUAAAUGAGGACAUGAACACUUUGUAAUUUUUUUACGAACCUGAACGAUUAAUGCAACUUUUCCUUUGAGACUUUCCAUGAAAACGGUUGAAUUGCUUUCUAUUUCUUGGGAAUUUCACAAGCAUCAUGUGGACCCCGACCGAGGAAGAAAAAAUCGGAGUUGUGAUUUGCAACUUCCGAGGCUCGGUGACCCAAGGCCUCCCGCUGGAGGUCGGGGAGAUGGUUCAGAUCCUGGAGAAAUGUGACGGAUGGUACAGAGGAUUCUCCACCAGGAAACCCUCCAUCAAGGGGAUCUUCCCGGUCAGCUAUGUGCACCUGAGGAAGGCUGUUGUCACCAACCGAGGGCAGUAUGAAACAGUGGUGCCGCUGGAAGACGCCAUUGUGACGGAGGUCACGUCGACGCUGCAGGAGUGGGCUUUGCUCUGGAAGCAACUCUACGUGAAACACAAGGUAGAUCUGUUCUACAAGCUGCGUCACGUGAUGAACGAGCUCAUCGACCUGCGCCGCCAGAUGCUGUCAGGUCACCUGACCCAGGACCAGAUCAGAGACGUCAAACGCCACGUCACCGUACGACUGGACUGGGGCAACGAACACCUGGGAUUGGACCUGGUCCCCAGGAAGGAGUUUGAGAUGGUGGAUGCAGACCAGAUCAGUGUGUCUGAUCUCUACAAGAUGGCUCUGGAGUAUCUGUUCAAGUUCAUCAUUCAGUCCAGGGUCCUGUACUCGCGGGCCACCUGCGGCAUGGAGGAGGAGCAGUUCCGGGCCAGCAUCCAGGAGCUCUUCCAGUCCAUCCGCUUCCUCCUCAGCCUGGACAGCCGCAGCUCCGAGAGACUCAUCUUCACCCAGGCCGCCCUGCUCAACUCCUUCCCCGCCAUCUUUGACGAGCUGCUGCAGAUGUUCACCGUGCAGGAGGUGGCAGAGUUUGUGCGCGGCACACUGGGAAGCAUGCCCAGUACGGUGCACAUCGGACAGUCCAUGGACGUGGUGAAGCUGCAGUCCAUCGCCCGCACUGUCGACAGCAGGCUGUUCUCCUUCCCCGAGUCCCGGAGGAUCUUGCUCCCCGUGGUGCUCCAUCACAUCCACCUGCACCUCCGCCAGCAGAAGGAGCUUCUGAUCUGCUCCGCCAUCCUCAGCAGCAUCUUCUCCAUCAUCAAGACUGGCUCCCUGGACUCGUCGGUGGUGGAGGAGGUGGAGAUGAUGGUGGAGAGCCUGCUGGAUGUGCUGCUGCAGACCCUGCUGGCCAUCAUGAGCAAGGCCCAGUCUCAGGAGGCGGUAAGGGGCCAGCGCUGCCCUCAGUGCACGGCUGAGAUCACUGGAGAGUAUGUGUCCUGCCUCCUGUCUCUGCUUCGCCAGAUGACAGACGUCCACUUCCAGCACCUGCUGGACAACUUCCAGAGCAAAGAGGAGCUCAAGGAGUUCCUGCUGAAGAUCCUGUGUGUGUUCAGAAACCUGAUGAAGAUUAGCAUCUUCCCCCGAGACUGGAACGUGAUGAGGCUGCUCACCAGCAACAUUAUCGUGACGACGGCACAGUAUCUCUCCCCCGCCCUGCAUAAGAACUUCACGGAGGCCGACUUUGACUUCAAGGUAUGGAACUCGUACUUCAGUCUGGCUGUGCUCUACAUCAACCAGCCCAGUCUGCAGCUGGAGACUCUCACUGCUGCCAAGAGGAAGAAAGUGUUGGACAAGUACGGUGACAUGAGAGUGAUGAUGGCCUACGAGCUGUUCAGCAUGUGGCAGAACCUUGGUGAGAACAAGAUCCACUUCAUCCCAGGCAUGAUUGGCCCGUUCCUGGGGGUGACCUUGGUGCCCCAGGGGGAGGUCAGGAACAUCAUGAUCCCCAUCUUCCACGACAUGAUGGACUGGGAGCAGAGGAAGAACGGCAACUUCAAACAGGUGGAGGCAGAGCUGAUAGACAAGUUGGACAGCCUGGUUUCUGAGGGGAAAGGGGAUGAGAACUACAGAGAGCUCUUCAGCCUGCUCACCCAGCUCUUUGGGCCCUACCCCAGCCUGCUGGAGAAGAUUGAACAGGAGACGUGGAGAGAGACAGGCAUCUCCUUCGUUACCUCGGUUACCAGACUGAUGGAGCGACUUCUGGACUACAGGGACUGCAUGAAAGGAGACGAGACGGAGAACAAGAAGGUCGGCUGCACAGUCAACCUCCUGAACUUCUACAAGUCAGAGAUCAACAAGGAGGAGAUGUACAUCCGCUACAUCCACAAGCUGUGUGACAUGCACCUGCAGGCGGAGAACUACACAGAGGCUGCCUUCACCCUGCUGCUGUACUGGGAGCUGCUGCACUGGGAGGAACGCCCCCUCAGGGAGUUCCUCCACUACCCCGCCCAGAGCGAGUGGCACCGCAAGGAGGGCCUCUGCCGCAAGGUCAUCCACUACUUCAACAAGGGCAAGUGUUGGGAGUAUGGGAUCCCCCUGUGUAGGGAGCUGGCCUUUCAGUAUGAGACUCUGUAUGACUACCAGAGCCUGAGCUGGAUCCGGAAAAUGGAGGCAGCGUACUACGACAACAUCAUGGAGCAGCAGCGUCUGGAACCGGAGUUCUUCAGGGUGGGCUUCUACGGACGCAAGUUCCCCUUCUUCCUCAGGAACAAGGAGUUUGUCUGCCGGGGUCACGAUUACGAGAGACUGGAGGCCUUCCAGCAAAGGAUGCUGGGAGAAUUCCCACAAGCCAUUGCCAUGCAGCAUCCCAACCAGCCAGAUGAAGCCAUCUUACAGUGCGAUGCUCAGUACCUCCAGAUAUAUGCGGUGACGCCGGUACCGGAGAGCGUGAACGUUCUCCAGAUGGACCGCGUCCCCGACCGGAUCAAGAGCUUCUACCGGGUCAACAACGUGCGCCGCUUCCGUUACGACCGGCCCUUCCACAAGGGCUCCAAGGACAGAGAGAACGAGUUCAAGAGCUUGUGGAUUGAGAGAACCACCCUCAUCCUGACGCACCCCCUGCCCGGCAUCUCCCGCUGGUUCCAGGUGGAGAGGAGAGAACUGGUGGAGGUGAGUCCCCUGGAGAACGCCAUCUACGUGGUGGAGAACAAGAACCACGAGCUGCGUACGCUCAUCAGCCAGUACCAGCACAAGCAGCUCCAUGGCAACAUCAACCUGCUCAGCAUGUGUCUGAACGGGGUCAUCGACGCCGCCGUCAACGGAGGCAUCGCCCGCUACCAGGAAGCGUUCUUCGAUAAGGAGUACAUCUCCAGUCACCCUGAGGACACAGAGAAGAUCACCCAGCUGAAGGACCUGAUGCAGGAGCAGGUUCAUAUCCUGGGAGUGGGUCUGGCUGUUCAUGAGAAGUUGGUGCACCCAGAAAUGCGUCCCCUGCACAAGAAGCUGAUAGAUCAGUUCCAGGUCAUGAGGAGCAGCCUGUUCCACGGUCUGCCAGGUGUGGACAAGCCUGGCCCGGGCAGCAGCACUCCCAGAGGCAUCCUGGCCUCCCAGAGCCCCCUGAGCCCCGAGAGCUUCAAACUCAUGCACAGGCACAGCCUGCUGGCUUCAGUGCGUCAGUCGUCCUCCUCUCUGUCAUCCCACUCCUCCAGUGAAACGGGGAACCUGCUCAUCCUGACAGACGGCCUGGUGCUGGAGCACCCCGAGGACUUCUACCGCAUGCAGCCCAGCCCCUCCUCCUCCAGCCUCAGCUCCACCCACUCGGCCCCGUCACAGAUGAUAAACUCCGCCCCCUCCUGCAUCAGAGUAGGGUCUCCGUCUCUCCCUGAUAAAUUCCGCCACAACCGGGAGAUGCUCAUGCUGCUGCCUCCUCACCGGGACAGGCCCAGCAGCGCCAUGUACCCCAACAUCACCGAGAACGGACAGCCAACCAAUUUCCAGCGAGCGUUGUUCCACCAGGUGAUUGGUCCAUGCAAGCCAUGCAGCGACCCCAAUCUAUCAGUGGCAGAGAAAGUCCUGACCACGCCCAGCAGCUGGAGUCUGGACAGUGGCACCAGGGAGGCCCUCCCCUUCCUGUCGGCCCACGUGGGCAGUGUCCUGGCCCCCCCGGUCCCCCCUCGCAGCCUGCCCCCUGGACACUUCUCGAUGCACUUUGAUGCUUUCCACCACCAGAUCAGCGACCUCCCUCCAGCUCUCCCUGCGCGCUCCUUAAGAAAGUCUCCCCUGCACCCUAUACCUGCCUCGCCCACCAGUCCCCAGUCCGUCCUGGAUGGCAGUAACUCCACCCUCUCUGGCAGUGCCAGCAGUGGCGUCUCUUCACUCAGUGAGAGCAACUUCGCCCCCGCCGGCCAAUCAUCUUCCUCCUGCGAGCCGCCCGUACGCACCGACACACUAGACUCCGCCCCCAGCAGCCAGACGUGGACCACGGACGGCGAGGACCUGGACUCCCCCUCCCCCUACCUGGCCGUGCGCUACAGCGUGUCCGAGCCCGACGUUCUGGAUGGAGCCAAGCUCCCGCCCUGCCGCAGCCUGUCCGCCCCCGGCGGCGUGGCCCCCAUCCUGGCCACCGUCCCCCAGGAGGGCCCCCUCCACCUCCACUACCCCCACCCGCCCCUCUACCACCACCACGAGCCCCCCCCGGCCCUGCCCCCCAAGCCCUACCUCAGGGAGGGCUGCAUCCCCGAGGAGGACCUGUGCCCUCCGUCCUCGCCGGCACCCCUCAGGCCCAUGCCCCGCAAGAUCUCCCAGCCCCUCCUGGGGGGUAAGGAGGAGCAGGCCAAGGUGGCGUGGCAGCAUGGGGUCAGCAGUGAGGAGUAGGCUCAGGACAUGCUCAGGUCAGGGACAGUGCAGCUGGGAGCGAGGGUGGGGAACACCACCGUCGGGAACGAACUUCAAACCUGUAGGAUGUCAACCUGAUUCAUCUCUGUGGAGAUUUACUUUAUAAAUCUUCCUUAUCAAUUGCAGUUGGAAGGUGGGUUAGGGUUAGGCCGGAAAAGGGUUAAGUGAUAGAUUCUGUCCCCCACUCCCCGCCCCCGCCCCUGUUCCCCAUACCACACCCUGUCCCCUCCAGCCCCUCCAGUCCUUCAGAUGCGAGGCUCUACGUUUCCUAACCAGUUGUCAUCACUGUGUGUCCCCACUACAUGUUCAGGAAGUGUCUUUGUAAUGAGUGUUUCUAAACCAAACUAGGCAGUGAUGUCAUACUGGACGUCAUGUUCAUCUCUAAUGAUGUCAUACUGGACGUCAUGUUCAUCUCUAAUGAUGUCAUACUGGACGUCAUGUUCAUCUCUAAUGAUGUCAUACUGGACUUCAUGUUCAUCUCUAGUGUGUCAAAUUGUGUCAAAUUGUGAUACUCCACUGAUACGGUACAGCUACCUUUUCACUCGCCACAGAUUCUAGCUGAAUCAUAGUUCAGGGCCAAAACCAGAGGUCAUUGCACAAAGAUGAUCAGUUAACUGAUUGCUGUUUGAUUCGACAGUUAAUGAUCUGUAAUUCGAUAAAGACCUGCAGUUUGCCAUCUCAACUGAGGAUGCACUUUAGUACAGAUGCCCUGGCACCAGAACCUUCCAACUCACUUAUUUUUCUAUACAUGAACUGAGAUGGAUAAACAAUGUGGGUUUGGUUCUGGUUGUAAAGGGCUUUAGAUAGAUUAUCUGUAGGCUACUGGAAUGGUGGAUUGGUUAUUUGGUAACUAGAUAAUGGUUGUGCGUCUGGACUACCACCUGCACAGAGUUAAUGGACAGUUGAAAGGAGGAAAGUGUUGAGUCACUGUUGAUCAGAGAUGUCAGGUUACACUUAAAGUGUAACUCUUUUUUUCCCGUAGUUUCCUCUCCUCACAGAGCAGCGCUUGUUUGGUACAAUACUCGUAUGAUAAUAUGCCCCGCCUGCUAUCGACAAGCCCAAAUAUCCAAAUAGACCUCAGUGGAUGUCUUUGGUCUAGCGGUAAAUGUUCUGUGGGGGUGUUUGGUCAGAUCCCCCAACUCAGCCGUUACCGUGACACUCAGAGGGAAGGUUACGAUGCUAUGACAGCCUGAUUCUAGCUGAGACAGACACUUGAGAAUGAAGCGCUUCAUUUGAGAAUGAAGCGCUUCACUCUGUCAUGGUCUGCAGGCUGAAGAAUCUGUACACUUCAUCAAAGUUUUCUCUUUUGCAACAAAGCCUGCAGUAUUUUUGCUUAUCUGGAAAGGCAAUAUCAGCAUGAACCUCUCUUGGGAUAAAACUCUUUUUGAUGUCAGGGUGAUGGAACAAAGAUAAUAUAUAUAUAUAUUUUUAGUGCUGCCAAUGUCUGCAAAUGUAUGGUGUACAGUAAUGUAUGGUAAAGUAUUGAUAUAAUAUAUAUGAUCCUUAGCAAAGGAGGAAAGAGUUGAUGAAUAUGAUAUGCAAGACACUGGCCUUGAAGCCCACUAGUAGCUGUGGAAUCCAGGAUGUGGUCUCACUGUCUAGUGAAGGGCAGUGGAGAGCCAAUUUGAAAAUACAAAAAAUCAAGAAAUAAUCAUAAAAUAGAUAAUGUUUUGAUUUGAUACUUUACUUCCUGUUUGUUCGUUCCGGGGAAAAGGCCACUGAUAUGAAGGUGGUUGCUCCCCCAUCUGCUGUCAGGAAGAUGAGAUGGAGAAGGAGCUUUUUCUAGCAUAUUCCUCUCUCAGACUGUUGGAGAUCUUUCUUUCUGGAAAUAUCUACUUUUCUGAAACGGUCUGAAACUUUGAGCUUGUUGAAAGGUGUUGGUUGGUUGGAACAUCUUAAGUUUCUACACUUCCUGGUUAGGGAGCGACUGUAGCUGUCCACUAUUCUUUCCUGUCUCUCUGUCUCUCUGUCUCUCUCUCUUUCUCUCUCUCUCUCUCUCUCUCUCAAUACUGCUCUCUCAAUACUGCUCCAUGCUUCCUGAUUCUGUAGGCGCAUCCUCUCCUCUCCUCCUUAUUAAGAUGGUGAGAUGGUGAGAAAUUCCUUUUGGAAUAAUUCCAUUUUUAUAACUUCUACCCGACCAUGUGUUCCCAUAUGUUCUUGUUGUGUGAAGCAGUGAGUUUUCCGGUGUGCGUCUGGGUCUGUGUGGUCACAGUGUUCAGUCACAGCUUCUCCAACACCAUCUCUCUCUCUCUCUGAUGGUGCUCUCUCGCUCUCUGUCAAGAUUUCUCUGCUCUCUUACAGAAGGAACAUACACUGUAAACUUGUACAAAUGACCAGGUAGAUGCAUGCCUCUGUAUGAGGGACUUUCUUUUUGUAAUUCAACAACUGAAAUGAUUUUUGAUUUGUUUUCAUCCUAUGCUAAUGUGUAGCGGAUAGAGAACAUAUAACGUCUCACUUAUGAUAUGGUGUAUUUAUUUAACCACUUAUAACACUUGAAAUAAUGUCAAAGCAAUGCUACCCUGUCAGGCUGUCUGUGGGCGCUCCACACCUGUGUGUUUGAUGAAGGUGGAAAAAAAGAGAGAUUGUAAAUUGCAUGUACUAUGUACCACCCAGGACUGCUGGACCCCAGUUUAAGGUGCACUUGAUUUAACUUACCUUGCAUGAAGACUCUCCAUUUAAGGAAGUAUUUCCAUUGUGCUGUCAGGUUAAAUCAAGGGCACCUUUUGACUAUUCUAGAUCCCUUCAUGACCCACGUCUGACUCCGGACUGGCCCAGUGAGAUUAUUCAUAUUUAAUCAUGCCUCUUAAUUUAGUCAGCAAAAAAGGAUCUGCAGGCUCCAAACGUGUACCUGCAGUGGACUCCCUCAGGGCCAUCUUGAGGUAAGAGGAUUAAAAAGAGGAAGGUUUGAGUUACCAGCUGAGGUCUGAUGGGGACUGGAGCAGGUCACAGCCCAACAUGUACUACCCAGAAGUGGAAAGCACACCUACUAUAUGCAGAGUGAAGCCACAUUUAAUGAGAAUAAACUAUGCAAAGUUCCAGAAUUUCAUGAACAUAAGACAUAUGUAUGUUAUCGGUUUAAAAAUGGGUUUCCCUAAAUGUUUUUACUGAGCUCAAAGUACCUUUUUAAAAAUACAUUUCCGACAAAAAUCAGAUUUUUUUUUGAUAGAUCCACUGCAGUAGCACAGAAGAUGUUUGAGGAAGAGAAUUCAACUACCCACUACAAUGUAAGAUUAUGUUUGAAGAUGCACUGACAUGUCUUUUAGGAUACUCAUUUGUCCCUACUACUCCACUUGUCCGUGUGAGGAUGAGUCCAGUAGUAAAGCAAGCUGUACAUAGCCUGCAGUUUAUUUCACACAGGGUUCAUUUGUUAGAGAAAAUAGAAGCAGAUGUAAUUUGAAUAACAAAAUAUGAUUUUGCAUGGCAUCAGCGUUGGAUGCCCUCUAGUGGCCAAUGCUGAAAUCACAGCAGGUUUUACCUUUUUUUUAUUUUUUAUUAUUUAAAGCCAGCGCCUGCUUGCCCGACUGUACCUGCCUCCAUAAUACUGAUACAUUCUUGCCAUUUUAGACAUAGUUCUAUUAUUUCUGUGUUGCGUGGUAGAGUUUAGCAGAUGUGGAACUGUGUGCAGGUGCAGGUUUGGGUUUGUUCUAGUAAGUUGUACGACUACGUUCUGACAGAACCGGAUCUGGGGUGAGAGUUCUGGUGAGAGAGUGACCGAAGAGAGGCAGAACAGCAGAUAUAGCUGCGUU